AUGAAGUUCCACCUGUUACUGCUAAUUCUGGUUUUGGCCUUGUCAGCCUGUACUAAGUCUGAAGAGAAUGCAGAGGAAAAUUUGGAGGAAAACGAAGAAAACUCUUCAAAGAUGAAAGAGAAAACAAAUGAGAUCUUGGAAGAAAAUGAUGUAAUGGUUCUUCAUCUAAAUAACUUCGCCCGAGCGCUCAGUGAAAACAAGUUCCUUCUUGUAGAAUUUUAUGCGCCUUGGUGCGGACAUUGUCAGGCACUGGAGCCAGAGUAUGCAAAAGCAGCAGGAAUCCUAAAGAAUGAAUCAUCUGAAAUGCGAUUGGGCAAAGUGGAGGCAACUGAGGAGAAGGAGCUUGCAGAAGAGUUUGAAAUUGGUAGUUUUCCUACACUGAAACUCUUCAACAAUGGGGAAAGAGCAAAUCCCAUUGACUUCAGUGGAAAAAGGAAUGCCAGAGGAAUUGUUCAAUGGCUGAAGAGACGGACUGGGCCAAGUGCCACAGUUCUAGAGAGUGAGACUGAUUCUCAGGACCUCAUUGAUGCACAUAAAGUUGUUGUAGUUGGGUUCUUUUCUGACCUUGAGGGUGAGGACGCAAAGGUUUUUUAUGGAGUUGCAAUGGACUUUGUAGACAUCACAUUUGGAAUUACCACAAGCCCUGAGGUUUUCAAGAAAUAUACAGUGGAAAACAAUGCUGUUGUAUUAUUCAAAAAGUUUGAUGAUGGCCGUGUGGACCAUGAAAUCCUGGAGGACAAAAACCUUGACAAAAAGGAGCUUACAGCAUUCAUACAAAUCAACAGCGUGGAACUUGUCAUUGAGUUUAAUGAGGAGAAUGCAGACAAGAUCUUUGGCUCCAAAGUUCAAAACCACUUAUUGCUGUUCAUCAACUCAAGUACAGAGGCAUAUUCACAGAUUAUGGAGACGUAUCAAGGAAUAGCAGCAGAAUUCAAAGGAAAGGUUUUAUUUGUGCAGAUUGACGUGACAUCUAGUGUCUCGCAUGUAUUGAAGUACUUUGGUCUAACAGACAAGGAUGCACCAGCUCUUCGACUCAUUAACACAGAGACGGUAAAGAAGUACGUAAUGGAUGAAGGGAACAUCACUCCUGAGGCUCUCCGCUCCUUCUGCCAGGGGGUGCUGGAUGGGACAGUGAAGCCCCACAUGAUGACUCAAGAGAUUCCUGAGGAUUGGGAUAAGAACCCUGUCAAGGUCCUUGUAGGAAAAAACUUUGAAGAAGUGGCCUUUGGUGAAACCAAGAAUGUCUUUGUUGAAUUCUAUGCCCCAUGGUGUGGACACUGUAAGGAGCUGGCACCUGUCUGGGAACAACUGGCUGAAAAAUACAAGGACAGAGAAGACAUUGUCAUAGCCAAAAUGGACUCCACUGCCAAUGAGGUGGAAUCUGUUAGUGUGUCUGGGUUCCCCACUCUUAAGUACUUUCCAGCAGGGUCAGAGAGGAAGGUUGUUGACUACAAUGGCAAGAGGGAUUUGGAGACAUUUUCUAAAUUUCUAGAUAAUGGGGGAGAACUACCAGAGGAACUAGAUGAUGAUGAUGAUGAUGAUGAUGAUGACGAUGAGGAAGAGCCCACAGAGGACUCAACAGACACUGUGAAGAAAACUAAUGAGACAGCCAAGGAUGAACUGUAACCUCUAUUUGAAGCUGGC